AUGUGCCUCUACAUCUACAUCAAAGCCAACACACACCAGACGAAUUUGAAAUUUAUCAAAGCCAUCGAGGAGGUUCAGACUGUUCGACGAGACCUGCCCCUGCAUCUAUCGUCAAACUUUCCAGCCAACGAAGACGACCGGAUAUGGGAGUUAGAGUACCCUUGGAUACCAUUCCAGCGCUAUCAGAUCCACUUCGUUAUUGACUUCUUAUUGCUGACCAUCGCUCGUGUAUUGUCACCGGAGCAUCCAGAUGAUGACCCAAACUUCAGACAGCUGGCCCUCCAGUCGGCGAACAAUCUUCUGAGCUACUACGCGAAGCCUGUUCCUAGGGUUUACAGGUUAGUUUGGGUUAUAUCUGCGUCAACAGUCGCAGCUGCUAUAUACGUAUCCUUAGACAUGCUUGCCAACCCGCAUGACUAUCGAGGUGACGCAAAACUUCGAAUCAUCAAUCUCCUAAGAAUGGCAUUUACUGAGCUGAGAAAGCACUCUGCCGUUGCUGUCCAUGCAGCAAAAGGCUCGGCUGUACUUGAGGGACUUUUGCCUGUGCUGGAACGACACGACACUGAGCUUCCUGGAACGUCACGUACGAUACACGAACUACUGCAGCAGCUGUCGAUGGCUGAUCACAGCAACACCAACGACUUAUCCAACUCGGCGCCUCCAAUGGACGGCUUUGCCCACCACGGCAACUACGAGAACAUUGACAUGUUCGAUGGCAUUGGCAGCACACUCAAUGCAACAUACGGUUUCGACGACUGGGACGAAGUAUUUGCUCAAAUGUGA